AUGGCGAUUCCUGUCGAAGAAUGGUAUUAUGAAGUUCCAAUAGUUACAAGAACGUACGUGACUGCUGCUGUAUUAACGAGCUUAGCCGUGCAAGUAGGUUUUGUAAAUCAAUUUCAACUUUAUUUCAAUUUUGAUAAAACAUUCUAUGAUCGCCAGCUUUUAUCACCAUUAUCAAAUGUCCCAUUUCUUGGGUAUUCACUUGCAUUUACAUUAGUAUAUAUAUGGUCGCGAAGAAAUCCAUUUAUAAGGUUAAAUUUUGUUGGACUAUUUGUAUUCAGUGCACCAUUUUUACCAUGGGUAUUGCUUGGAUUUUCCUUGUUAUUAAAUAAUCAUUUUCCAAUGAGUGAUAUGAUGGGCAUUGCUGUUGGUCAUAUUUAUUAUUUCUUUGAAGAUGUUUGGCCAUUGGAAAGAAAUAGUGGCGGUAGACGUUGGUUAAAAACUCCCCAAAUCAUUGUACGAUUGUUUGAUAGAAUUCAAGAGAAUCCAGCUGUACAACAGGAGGAAAACAAUCUUGUAUUUGCUGAUAAUGAAUUUAAUCGUGGUGAUCCUAAUACUAUAGAAAAUCAACCUGGGAUAAUGGAAGGUGAAAUAGCUCCUGAUCAAUAA